GUCACAUUGGAUCUCCACAAAAAAAAAACUAUUUUUCUCCUGAAUCUCCCAAUCCUUUUCUCUUUCUGGGUAAAUGGAGAAUCUCUCUCAAAUCCUCCCUCGUGUCCUCGUCGUCUCUAGACGCACUGUUCGUAAAAACAAAUUCGUCGACUUCGUUGGUGAAUAUCAUCUUGAUUUGAUAGUUCGUUAUGGAUGUGUACCCGUGAUUGUUCCACGGGUCACUGGUGUUCAUAUGUUGCUUGAUAGCUUCAAGCCAAUCCAUGGAGUUCUUCUUUGUGAAGGAGAAGACAUUGAUCCUUCUCUUUAUGAAUCUGAAAUCUCUUCCCUUUCACCAGAAGAGCUUCAAGAGAUUAGAGAGACACAUGCGAGUGAUACAGCUAUUGACAAAGAGAAAGAUUCCAUUGAGUUAGGUCUUGCUAAGCUCUGUCUUGAACAGAACAUUCCUUACUUAGGAAUCUGCAGAGGAUCACAAAUUUUGAAUGUUGCUUGUGGUGGGACUCUCUAUCUUGAUUUAGAGAAAGAGCUAACGAAUAAGUUACGGGAAGAACGUAGAACGAAGCACAUCGAUUAUGAUAACUAUGAUGGGCAUAGACAUGUUGUGAGGAUUGUUGAGAAGAGUCCACUUCAUUCUUGGUUUAAAGAUUCGUUGGAUGGAGAAAACAUGGAGAUUUUGGUUAAUAGUUAUCACCAUCAGGGUGUCAAGAGAUUGGCACAGAGGUUUGUGCCCAUGGCGUUUGCCUCUGAUGGGUUGAUGGAAGGUUUUUACGAUCCCGAUGCGUAUAAUCCUGAAGAAGGCAAGUUCAUAAUGGGUUUACAGUUUCAUCCCGAGAGAAUGAGAUCAGAUGAUCUUGAUGAGUUUGAUUAUCCUGGUUGUCCUGCUGCAUAUCAGGAAUUUGCAAAGGCUGUGAUUGCGUAUCAGAAGAAGCUGAACAGCACGAUGUCUGUCCCAAAGACAUUGGAGCUUGAUAGAGAGAUGGAGAAUAAAAGAAAGAUACUUGUCCGAAGUUUCUCACUUGCGAGGAAUAUGUAUGCUAAAGGAGCACCUGGUAAGAACCCAUCAAAAGGAUCAGAGCUCGAAGUUGGUGCCGAGUUUCUUGAGUCAAACACAGCGCUAAGCGCGGAGCAAGAGACGAGGCUGAAGGAGAUGGGAGCCACGGUAAGGAACGGGGGAUCAUAUAUGAAAAAGGUGAAAGUGGACGAGGAGAAGCAGAGGAUGGCAAGGAACAUGAUGAACAAGAUGAACACUGAGCAACUGUCAGAGCUUAUGGCAUUCUAUCAUUUGAUGGGAAAUAUAUGUGGAGAAGUUUUGGAGAGAAAGCUUCAUGGCAAUGGCAAUGAAUGCUUUAAGGAUCUGUGAGAGAGUUCACAUGAAACGGAAGAAGAUGCAAUAAGAAAAAGGCGACUUUUUGAAUUUGCAUUUUUGGUUAAAAGAUGGGAAAGUAACGUGUGUAUGGGAUUAAUUUAGGACAGAACUUAUGUUUACCCCUAGGUGAACCUCCUUUGAAUUUAUACUAGAUUUUGA